AUGAUGAUCUUUGGCAAAAGUGUGGCAAACCAGGGCGUGUGGACUCUGAGGGGUUUGAAAUUGGUCUUGUACUGUUCUGCCUACAUUCUGCUAAGGAGAUCUGAAGUGGAGGCAGAAGAGAAUGUAGGAAAUACAGAGAAGGUUAAUGGUAAAACAAAUAAGAGAAUGAGAAUGAGGGAUAAAUUGGCGAAAAAGGACCUGUGGGGUGGUGCUGCCAGCAUGACCAAGCUACAGAGAAGGUCCACAUGGGCUUUCUGCCACUGUGGAGGAGCCCUGCUGCUUACCCCCAGGGUGGAGGCUGAGGGCAAGAACGACAUGCUACUUGGUGGCCACCAGAAGACUGUACCAGUGCUUCGCCUUCCUGGUGGGGAUCUUGAAGUACAGUCUCAAAAUGUCACUUUGAACAGCAUAAAAAUGCCUUUGAAUGAUGAGUACUCACUGGUGGAGCUGAAGAUGAGUUCCACAGACCGAGACAAAAAGAUACUGAAGGAUCAAGUGACAACCUUACUAAAGGAGACUCUUUGCUCCCAGCCCCUCACUGGGUGGCUCACACCAUGUUCUCUGGUGGAGGCCUUUUUGCUGACAGCAGAAUUGAAGGUGUCCCUGUACUUCAGUAUUCAGGUGAGGCUUACACUGAAGCAGACUGAGGAAGUAAGAGAGGUGCAGAAAGGGGGCUCAGGAGAGAAGAAAGUUCGAGUCAUCACCCCUAAUACUAUAACAGAAUGGAAAGCCAACAUGUUUUGUGUCUUGGGCAAUGAUGGCUUUGAGAUCUCUCCCACAGUAGGACUGAUGGCCUUCAAUCCUUUCUUUGUGGGUCUGGCCUUACCAUAUUCUAUGAUUCCGGGAGAGUCAUUUGUGCUGAAAGCUGCUAUGUUCAGCUGCUUGAAAAAGUCUCAGCAAAGAAAGGCUAAUGAAGAUAGCAGAGGAAAGGGAGGGAAGCAAGAGAACGGACUGAAGAGAUUGCCAGAAGAAGAAGAAUAAUCUCUGAUACCUUUCCUCAAAAGGAAUAAAUCUUCCCUGUCACUUUCUUCAUGCAACCUCCAGAAAGACAGCACACCUGUGUAUCUGGCUAUACAUUACCUGGUGGUGAUCCCUGCAGAUCUCUGCUACCCAUCCACCCAAGUUGCCUGCCUCCAUAUCACCUGUUAUGAAGCAAAGCUCCAAGUGAAUCUGGUCCUGGAGCGCUCUGUAGGACGUGAGCUUUUAGUGCAAGAAACCAUCCAGAAGGAGAAGACUUUCAUGUGCACUAAGUUCUUGGUUGCACCCCCAGCUGAUGGCACAGAGGAGAUUGCCACUGUCAAACUGAUCAUCACAGGUGAUGGGGUCAGUAUUGAGGAGAAGAAAAAGGUCCUGAUCCGCAAAGCCAGCAGUGGCACCUUCAUCCAAACAGACAAGCCCAUCUAUCAACCAGGGCAGACAGUGAAAUUUCGCAUUGUGACUCUGGAUGAGGAAUUUAUUCCAGUCAACGAUUCGAUUUCCCUGUUUCUUCAGGACCCUAAGAACAACCGGAUAGAGCAGUGGCUGGAUGUGGUCCCCCAAGACGGCAUUGCAGAUCUGACUUUCCAGCUAAGUGAUGAGCCUCUUCUGGGGACAUAUGUCAUCAAUGUAACCAAUGCGAAAGCGUAUGGCAGCUUCUCCGUUGGGGAGUAUGUGCUGUCAAAAUUUGAAGUGAUCUUUGAGGUGCCAAAUCGGAUUUAUGCACUAGAUAAAACCUUCCCGCUCCGGAUAUGUGGCAGAUACACCUAUGGGAAAGGCAUCCAGGGGAUGGUUCAUGUGAGCCUUUGUCAGAUGAUAGCCCCAUUCCUGCCCAGUGCUUCGAAACCUGAUCUCUGUCAGGAAUUCAACAACCAGACAGACAAGACGGGUUGCUUCUUCACAAAUGUGAGUCUGUCCUCAUUCAGUCGAGACUUUCGGUACUAUCAGGACAGCAUAGUUGCAGAGGCCUCGAUGGUAGAGGAUGGCACAGAGAUACAUGUCAAUGCUUCCCACAAAUUACUCAUCUCCAAGAUUGGCGGGAUGGCCUUGUUUGAUGAUGUGAAUUCUUACUACCAUGCUGGAGAGAUGUACAGGGGGAAGAUUAAAGUCAUUGACUACCAAGGCAAGGCACUGAAGCACAAAAAAGUCCUCCUUGUAGUAAGCUGUGGCGAGCAGCAAUUUAAGCAGAAGUACAUCACUGGGGACUCUGGGACAGCUUCAUUUAGCCUGAACACAACUGCUUGGAACAGCACCUCAGCCUCCCUGGAGGCAAGUGUCCUGCAUCGAAAUUUGGACAAAGAGCCUGGAUCAGUUGAUUUGAGUUACCAGCGAGCCUCUCAUUUCAUACAUCCAUUCUACAGCACCAGCAGGAGUUUUCUCUCUAUCGUCCGUGUGCCAGAAACGAUGCCCUGUGGUAAAAAGCAGGCUGUCCAGGUGGACUUCAGAAUUUAUGAAGAGAAUCUGGAACACGGGCCCAAGCGUGUCAUUUUCUCCUACUUUGUCACAGGGAAAAGAGGGAUAGUCCAUGCAGGUCAGAAGACUGUUUGGGUUGGGCUGCCAAGAAUGCUGAAAGGCAGCUUCUCCAUCCCGCUUACCUUCAGCUGGAUCUAUGCCCCUGCUCCAAGGCUUGUUGUUUAUGUUAUCUUCCCUAAUGGAAAAAUCAUCGCUGAUUCUGCUGUCUUCAGUGUCUCUAUGUGUUUCAGAAAUAAGGUGGAGCUGGGCUUCUCAACACCUGAGACCCUUCCUGAUUCAGAGGUUGGUCUUCACCUGCUGGCAGCUCCUGGGUCCACAUGUGCGGUAUGGGCCGUGGAUCAGAGAGUCCUUUUGCUGAAGCCAGGAAAAGAGCUCAGCAGCUCCUUGAUCUAUGGGCUGUUCCCAUCUAUUUAUAACUCCAGGUAUCCUCACCAAGUGUCUGAAGAUGAUCAUUCAUGCGGGUUCACAAAUUCUGAUGAGCCUGAUGUGUUUACAGCAUUCAGGGAAAUGGGCUUGAAAAUUAUGUCCAACACCAAUAUCAGGAAGCCCAGAGUGUGUCCAACCACUCCAUCAACAACUAUGCUGCAGAAAACAGCAAUGUUUACCCCCAGCCCCAUGUUGAUGUUUGUCCAGCCCCAUAAAGCGUAUAACACAGAGCAUCUGACAAUGUCUACCUAUCAGCCCACUAUGUUUUCACUUGUUUCUUCAGCCGAAGAGAAAGUACACAAGCAUUUCCCCAAAACAUGGAUAUGGAAUUUGUAUUCUGUGGGUCCCAGUGGGAGCAAGAAUGUCACUGUUACUGUGCCUAACACAAUCACAGAAUGGAAAGCAGGGAUGUUCUGCACAGGACGUAAUGGCUUUGGACUUGCUCCAAUCUCCAGUCUGCUUGUUUUCAAGCCCUUUUUUGUGGAGCUGACACUGCCAUCUUCUGUGAUCCACGGUGAGACCUUCAUCUUGAAGGCCACAGUCUUCAACUACCUGCAGCGAUGCAUGAAGAUCCAAGUGACCCUGGAGGAGUUCACACACCUCCAGCUGAAGCCGUGCAAAGGCUGUGUCUACAGCAGCUGCUUAUGUGCUGAUGAGUCUAAGACCUUUCAGUGGAGUAUCACAGCUGAGCAACUGGGGCCUAUGAACAUCACCAUCAGCACAGAGGCUGUGGUCACCGAAGAGCUCUGUGGCGAAGAGAUACCAUUUGUCCCAAACCAAGGGCAGAAAGACACGAUCACCAAAAUCCUUCUAGUCCGGCCAGAAGGAGUGUUAGUAGAAAAGGCUCACAGCUCCAUCCUGUGUCCCAAAAAAGGGAAUCCAGCACAGGAGUCUGUGUCCCUGAUGUUGCCUCUAAAUGUGGUUGAAGGUUCAGUCAGAGCCACCAUCUCAGUUACUGGUGACCUUAUGGGGACAGCACUGCAGAACCUGGACCAUCUGGUGCAGAUGCCCCAUGGCUGUGGGGAGCAGAACAUGGUGCUGUUUGCCCCCAUUGUCUAUGUGCUGCAGUAUCUGGAGAAGACAAGGCAGCUGACCCCUGAGAUCAAGGAGAGGGCAACAGCAGUCCUGCGCAAUGGGUACCAGAUACAGCUGCAGUAUCAACACCCUGAUGGUUCUUACAGUGAAUUUGGUACCAAGGAUGAGUAUGGUAAUACUUGGCUGACUGCAUUUGUGGUUAAAUGCUUUGUCCAAGCCAAGCCAUACAUUUUCCUGGACAACAGCACCAUCCAAGCUGCUCUCACCUGGCUGGAGUUCCGCCAGCUUCCCAAUGGUUGCUUCAGAAAUGUGGGCCAACUUUUCCACACAGCCAUGAAGGGAGGUGUGGAUGGGGAAGUACCCUUGGCUGCCUACAUCACUGCUGCAUACUUGGAGGCAGGAGAGACACCAGAGAGUACAGUGGUGCACAAGGCUCUGGGCUGCAUCGUUCCUUCUCUUCCCAAAGCGGCCAGCACUUACACCCAUGCCCUGCUGGCCUAUACCUUUGCCCUGGCUAAGGAUUCUCAACGCACACAAGAGCUACUUGAUAUGCUUGAUCGAAAGGCAAUCAGAGCAGGUGGGCAGAUCCACUGGAGUCAGACCUCAUCCAAGCCCAGACCCAGCACAAGCCCUUGGUCACAGCCACUGUCAGUGGAUGUAGAGUUGACAGCCUAUGUCCUCCUGGCCCUGCUCUCCAAGCCAAAUGUCACAGGGUCUGAUCUCACCACAGCCUCUGGCAUCGUGGCCUGGCUCACCAGGCAGCAGAAUGCCUAUGGAGGGUUUGCCUCAACACAGGACACAGUAGUCGCCUUGCAGGCCUUGGCUAAGUAUGCAGCACUGACGUACAGCACAAAAGGAGUUGCAGAAGUGAGGGUGAGGUCCCGGACAGGCUUUGGGAGGAAGUUCCAAGUCUCCUACCAGAACCGGCUAUUGGUGCAGGAGGCAGCACUGACGGAAGUCCCAGGAAAGUUCUCGGUGCAGGCCCAUGGCAGCUGUUGUGUCUUUACUCAGAUGGUGCUGAGGUACAACAUGCCCUCCCCUCAGGUCUCCACAUCCUUUGCCUUGCGAGUGAAAACUGAGCCAGUCAAUUGCACCGAGGAUGAUAUGCUAUCUGUUACUGUCUAUGUUAAUGUCAGGUACACUGGGAAGAGAUCCACUUCCAACAUGGUGAUCGUGGAGGUGUCCCUACUGUCUGGAUUCGUCCUGGCUCCAGGAUCUGGGAUGUCUCUACAACACUGGCACCCUGUGAGAAGAACUGAGAAAACACGAAGAGGUGUUGCCAUCUACUUGGACAAGCUGAGCCAUAAGUCUGAAACAUAUGUCCUGCAUCUGGAGCGGGAAGUCGGUGUGGCCAAUCUGAAGCCAGGCCAUGUCAGGGUCUAUGAUUACUACCAUCCAGAGGAGCAGGCCCUGGCUGAUUAUAAUAUCUUCUGUAUCUGAGCCCACAGGGAUCCCAUUAGUGCAAGAUGCCCUACGACGGCAGCUGCAUUAUUGCUUCUGGUAUGAUGGGGCAUGUACCACCUGGAAAGUCACAUCUCAGUGGGCUGGGCCAAAUCUCAAGUUGGAUUUCAGGACUAAACCCAGCCCAAGCCGUCCUGCUCAUCCUGACAUCCAUUUCCUAGUGAAUUCUUUGGGGUGUCUGAUUAAUUCUGAUUUUUUUUAU